CUAUGAAGUCUUGCUGUGUUGUCACCAUCUGUUUGCACAAGAGCAAAGUGAUUCAAAGCAAACAUGAUGAAAUAAACAUGCGUGUCAAGUUUAAUGUGCGCAAAACCGCAGCGACAGUGAAGAGCUUGCUCAACAAAUGAAGAUUUCCUGAGGUACCAUUUGAGAAAAGAAACAACAACAAGAGACAGCAAUUAUUUGGGGGCGACCAAUUUACCAUUUAUCUCGAAGUUUCUGGGUGAUUUGUGAAGAAGUUUCCUUUAUAAUAUUUUACUAAAGUGUGCUAGGAUGAACGUGGGUACGGCGCACAGUGAGGUGAAUCCAAACACCCGCGUGAUGAGCAGCAGGGGCAUAUGGCUCACCUAUGUGCUUGGCAUCGGACUCCUACACAUCACAUUACUCAGCAUACCCUUCGUCAGCGUCCCGGUGGUUUGGACUCUCACCAACCUCAUCCACAACAUUUGCAUGUAUAUCUUACUACACACGGUGAAAGGUACGCCGUUUGAGACCCCGGACCAAGGCAAGGCCCGGCUACUGACCCACUGGGAACAGAUGGACUACGGGGUCCAGUUCACCGCCUCCCGAAAGUUUCUUACCAUCACCCCUAUAAUACUGUAUUUCCUGACCAGUUUCUAUACAAAGUAUGACAGGGUGCACUUUGUCAUCAACACCAUUUCCCUGCUCACUGUGCUUAUCCCCAAACUGCCUCAGUUCCACGGGGUCCGUCUCUUUGGAAUUAAUAAGUACUGAUGAGGUCACAGGACCACAAAGGCUCCCUUAACCUGCUAUAUUUCCUGUUGGCCAUAUGUCAACCCAUCUUGACCUUCGGCACAAGAAGAUCUGUUGCGUACAUGUGUGGACGUUCAGAGCACUUCAUGACUUAUUCUGUAGGAAUGAAAGAAGUGGGACAUUUAGGUCUUCAUAGGAAGCUCUGCUGCUUUGUGGUCGGAAUGGCUGAAUAAUCUGCUGUGGUGUCACUUGAAAUAAUGUUUUUUUAGUGUAACGCUUGGUAGACAUACAAACACAUUUGUAGAAUCACCAGCAGAAUGCAGCAGAUGCUUCAUAGAGAGUCUUUGGAGGUGUUAGGACCCCUGUUCUACUGUGUUGAAACAGACGGAGACAUUGCAAAAGCAAUGUAGCUUAUCAGCAUUAUGUAAGUCAUUUGGAGUGUUAGCAUUCAGUCAUGUGGCAGAAAUGCUGCUUUGAUGGCAGUGAAUCGGAUGGGUCAAAAUUGUCCAGGACACAGUGUGAUGCUAUGCUGGACUGGUUCGUCCUCUCUUCAUAACAUUUUUAGGAUCCACAUUUUUAGGACCCAAGUCAGUGCUUCCUGAGGUACAGGUGUUUAAAGAGAGAAGAAAGGUACAGUGGCAAGAAAAAGUAUGUGAACACUUUGAAAUUACCUGCAUUUCUGCAUUAAUUAUUAUCUGCUUAAAGUAAUGACAAACAAUUAACAGCACUUGUUGUUGUCAAUACUGAAUAUAUGAUUUAAAACAUUCACAGUUUAGGGUUGAAAAAGUAUGUGAACCUCUGGGCUAAUGACUUCUAAAAAGCCAAUUUGGAGGCAUGUGUUUCAGUCAAGAAGCUGAGAUUGUAGGUUUGGAAUGUAGAGGUGCUUGGCUCUAUAAAAACAGUACAGUCUGGGGAUUGACAGAGUCUGAACUUCUCAAGAAGCAUGUGAACCAUGCUCUGGUCAUAACAAAUGUCAGAGGAUCUUAGAAGAAAUGUAGAGAUGCAUGAAGCUGGAAAAGGCUACAAAACAGUUUCAAAAGAUCUGGAUGUUCACCAAUCCACAUUACGACAAACUGUCAACAACUGGGGGAGAUUUAGCACUGUUGCUACUUUCCCUAGGGGUGGGCACCCUGCAAAGAUUGCCCCAAGAGCACAUUGUGCAAUGAUGAAGAAAGUGAAAAAGAACCUAAGGGUAAAAGCAAAAGAUCUGCAGAAAUCUUUUAAACUUGCUAAUGUCUCUGUUCAUGUGCCCACUAUAAGAAAAACACUGAAGAAGAAUGUGGUGUCCUCCCAUGAACACCAGAGGAAACAAAUGCUCUCUAAACAAAACAUUUCUGCACAUCUCAAGUUUGUGAAAGACCACCUUGAUUCUCCACAAAGCUUCUGGGAUAAUGUUCUGUGGACAGAUGAAACAAAUGUACUUUUUUGGCAAAAAAAACGCACAAUACUAUAUUUGGAGGAAAAAGGCGCUUCACACCAACACCAAAACCUCAUCUUGGUGGAGGAAGCAUCAUGGUUUAGGACUGUUUUGCUGCAUCAGGACUUGGAGAGCUUGCAAUCAUUUAGGGAACGAUAAUUUUGAAUAAUGAAAAUUGUGUCGAGAGAUUUUACAGAAAAUGACAGCGUAGCGAUCUGUCAUCUGAAACCUAAAAGAGGUUGGGUGAUACAACAAGACAAUGACCCAAAGCACACUAGCAAAUCUACAACAGAAUGUCUAAAAAGGUGGAAGUCUGAGUCCAGACUUCAACCCAAUUGUGGCAUUAGUUGAAGAGGGCUGUUCAUGCAAGAAAUACCCAACAAACAGAUUUGUAGGGGGGAAUGGUGCAAAAUCCCUCAUCAGAGUUUUACAAGGCUGAUCAACAGCUACAGGAAGUGUCUGGUGGAGGUUAUUGCUGCUGAAGGAGGCUCUACCGGUUAUUAAAUACAAGGGUUCAUAUACUUUUUUCAACAUGGACUGUGAAUAAUUAAACAACAAUUUUAAUAAGACAAAAAUGACAGUUAUUUGUUUGUCAUUACUUUAAGCAGAUUGUGUUUGUUUAUUAUUAGGCAAAGAUCAGACUAAAUGCAGGUACUGUAAUUCCAAAGGGUUCAUAUACUUUAUCUUGCCACUGUACAGUGUUUCUGUAGAGGGUGGAAGAGGCUAUUUUUAGGUAAGACUAGUUGCUGUUUCACUUAAUGUUCUCUUAAAGUGAAAGAAUAGUUUAAUAGUUUGAGACAUCACCCUGUCUUCCUAAAACUUCCGCCAGUCCCCUAUUUUAUAGCUUUACCUCUGAAAUACAAAGGCAAAAUACAGUAACUACACAUUUUGCCAAAAUUAAGUUGUGACUGAAAGUGGGUCUCUUCAUAGACUAUGAUCUGUCCUGUGACAAACUGAUUUGGUUCAAUUAUGCUCAGAUUCAGAGAAAACUGAGUUUCAAUGUUGGCAUAGUUACUAAUGUUAUGCCUUUGUAGGGAAUAUAGGGUAUAGACAUGUUUUUAGACAACUAGAAUAAUUUUAUGUGAUUUUAAAAAAUGUUAAACCGAUUAUGCAUAUCUUUGUUGCGGUGCUACAGUACACCUACAGUAGGAGGUUACAUGAUUAGUGUUUUAACCAGAACCCUUGGUUUAAUCUGUAUGAAUAAAACAUCUAAGACCAGCUUUAGUUGAUUUUAAAGGGAACACAGGUACAGGGAAUAUUGGACCGAUUGGUCCUCUUUAUUGUUCAAGAGAAGAGAUGUAGUCUAAUAGUGUGGGAACAUUGGACUGUAUGUUUUGGACUGUAAUCGGCAUCAUUGGACUGUGGGACUGCAUGUCCCAGAGUGAGUGUUCACAGCCUUGAUGUUUUUGCAGUGUUCUAAGUUACAGAAUUAUUCUGUGAAUGAUGAGGUGUUCAAGUGCUUUUAUGCGCAUGUUCUUUUAUUACAUCAGCGCUUUGGACUGAUGUCAUGACUCAUGUCUGAAUAUGUAAAUUAGGCAUAUUAAGUGGAUCGACAGACCUUGUGAUUGUGAUAUGCAUUUUGCAGGACAGCACUUAUUUUUGGUAACCGAAAAUGUAUUGAAAUUAAGUUUUUGUAGUAUUCCAAUAUUGAAUAUUAUAAGGUGUGACCAGGGUUGGGGAGUAACGGAAUACAUGUAACGGGAUUACGUAUUUAAAAUACAAAAUAUUCCACUACAGUUACAAUUUAAAUCAUUGGUAUUUAGAAUACAGUUACAUUCAAAAAGUAUUUUGAUUACUGAAGAGAUUACUUUGCAUUUUAUUGUCAUUUGUUUCAUUUAAUAUUUAGUCCUUUUCAGAUGGAAAACAUUUAUACAUAUAAAUGAUGCGAUGAAAAGUGAUUGGAACAGCAGUGAAACACUUUCUUAUGAUGUGUUACAUUCAUACGAGCAGACAGAGAAGUAAGUUUGAAGUAAGUUUGGAGCAGAAGAAAUAGAAAUAAACCUUGUGUAAAUUGUCAGCUUUACGCUAAGCUAAAAUGCUAUUUCUAGCCAUUUUACAUGUAAAUGUUACCAGGCACGAUCAUAUUUUUUUUUAUCAAGAAAAUUCACAUUGGAUCAUAAUUUCUUUUUUCUAGUAAGACCUUUUGUAUUGUAUUCUUUUGUAUUCUUGAUGGUAAUGUUUGUAUUGUUUUCCUGUAAAAAUAUCUAAAAAAAUCUUUAAAACAAGAUCAAUUUGAUCUAUCUUGUUUUAGAAACAACACUGCAUAAGAUAUAAAAUUUUUCAGUAAAUGUAUUUUUAACAUGUUUAUUUUGUCUUACUGUACUGGCAGAGUUUUUAUAGUCAAAACAAGUGAAAAAAAUCUACCAGUGCUGAAGUAGUAAUCCAAAGUAUUUAGAAUACGUUACUGACCUUGAGUAAUCUAACGAAAUACAUCACAAAUUACAUUUUACAGCAUGUAUUCUGUAAUCUGUAGUGGAAUACAUUUCAAAAGUAACCCUCCCAUCCCUGGGUGUGACUAACUCUAGUGUCAUUUUACCUCAUUCUUACUGUGCAAGAUUAUGAAAAUGUUGCUUUGAAAACUGUGUUCCUUGCCUUUGUAGUUUCACAUUAUUUUAUUGUCUUAUUCUUUGUAGCCAUUUUAUUUUAAAUAUGAAGUGCACGUUCUGAUUGCA